AAGAAACAUUGCGGCUAAUAAAAAAUGGAAGUUCUUGAUAACAAUUUAACAAAUAUUUUGUUAGAAUCACAAAGAUAAUAUUUAUUUAAAACAUAGGUUGUAUCAUUGUAUGGUUUAACAAAUAAAUAGCAUAGAGGAUUUCAUUCAAUAUUCAUAACUUUAUUGGGUUGUUAGUAACAUAACCUAAACGUAUCAGACAACAAAAACUAACAUAUGCAUCAAAUUUUGCAACAUAACUUUCAUUUACAAAAAGUUCAAACUGAUGGCCCGAGACAAAAUGAGAGUUACAGAAUGGAAAAUGGAUAGAAAUAUUAUCAUAUUAGUUUACAUAGUUUUUAUUGGCCCUUUGUCAGUUGCAUUGUUUUUAUAUGGGUUUUUCCCUUUGAUAAACUAUGAUAACACUAUAGCAACACAUAAUAAUGUUCCAAAAUUUAUAGAAAAUGUGAGAAUAAAAACAGAUACAUUGUAUCAGCCAGUGGUAAAAAGAUUGAUUAUUAUGGUUAUCGAUGCUUUAAGAUGGGAUUUUGUAACAGGGUCAGUUGGAAAGGUAGCAAUGCCUAUAACAACUAAUCUUAUAGCAAAUGGUUCAGUAUGUUUGUUACGUGCUAAAGUACAGCCACCAACUGUUACAAUGCCCAGAAUAAAGGCAAUUACUACUGGCGUAGUACCCAGUUUUAUUGAUGUAGCUCUAAAUUUUGGGAGUAAGCCAAUUACUGGUGACAAUAUGCUUCUUCAAGCAAAGAGAAAUGGUCAUAAGUUGGUAUUUUAUGGUGAUAAUACUUGGCUCACAUUGUUUCCUUCUAUAUUUAAUCGUUAUGAUGGUACUACAUCUUUUGUUGUAACAGACUUUACUGAGGUUGAUAACAAUGUAACUAGGCACUUAGACCAAGAGUUGUAUAACCAGAAUGACUGGUCUAUAAUGAUUCUUCAUUAUCUAGGACUUGAUCAUAUUGGUCAUGUUCAUGGACCAUUCAGUCCAUUUAUUAAAACUAAAUUAAAGGAAAUGGAUGAUGUAAUUGCUACUAUUCAGUCUCAGAUUCAAACUUGGAAUCAAAAUAAUGUUUCUUCCUUAUUUAUUGUCUGUGGGGAUCAUGGGAUGAAAGAUUCUGGAGGUCAUGGUGGAUCAACAAUAUCAGAAACAACUGUACCUUUCAUUGCAAUUGGUGGAAAGUGUUCACACAAUCCCAAUCAGUUUAUAGAAAUAUCACAGAUAGAUAUUGCAUCUACAUUGUCUGUUAUUUUGGGAGUACCAAUACCAUUUUCCAAUAUAGGAACUGUUUUUGCAGACACUUUAUAUGACUUACCUAUUUCCAAAAAGUUGUAUAUACUUUACUAUAAUGCAAAACAAGUGUUUUAUCAUUUUCAAAAACUUGCUGAUUAUGAAUCUUUGAAUGCAUAUCAAAAAUAUUUAAAAGCAGUGAAACUUCACAGUGCUUGGUUAAAUACUAAGGAUCAUUCAAAUGAUAUGAUAAACAACAUUGUAUUUUCUUAUAAAACUGCUCUAAAGGAGAUGAAAGAAGUUCUUAUAAAUAGUAUGAUAAAAUAUGAUUUUCAAAUAAUAACAAUAGCAAUAUCCUUCUUAUGCCAUAUCACUUGUAUUUUGAUGGGAAAGAUCUGUCCUAUGGUAGCUACAUUAAAAAGAAUAUCAUCUUUGGUUGUCUUAAAUAUUCUUUCAGUAGUACUGAUAAAUUUUAUCUGGCAAUCUGAAGACAUAUCAUUACUUAAUUCAAGGAAUUUGUUUUCUUGCAUUGUACUGUUGUUUAUAUUAACUAUCUUAGUACUAAAUUCUUACAUACUCAGCAACAUCAAAUUUUCAACUCUUUCUGAGGUAAAACCCAAAAAAUUGAAGAGUAGAACAGGCAAGCAGUUGUUUAUAUUUGGGGCACUAGUACAUGCAAUCAGUCUUGGUGGCAGUAGUUUCAUAGAAGAGGAGCAUCAAACCUGGUACUUUUACUGGGUCACAAUUCUUACAGUACUACUUUACAACUCAGCUGCAAAGUAUUUUUUUGAGCUACAAUUCCACAAAAGUUGUCAGCAACACUUUUAUUCACAAAAUUGUAUUAAGCUUUUCUUGCUACUGGUAGGACAUAGGAUACUUAGGAAACUAAACAGUACAGGGGAUAAGUAUGCUCAUCUGCCUGAUAUAGCUGGGUAUUUGAUAGAGCAAGAAAGCAUGCUAGGCAUGACUAUUAUACUUGUUGCUGGUCUUGCACUUCUGAUAUGGAUCGAUUUUACAUAUGGGGAUAAAACACAUAAGCAACAGACAUUAAUUACCAGUAUUAUAGCUAGUUCAUGCAUUUACCUCCGUCAUAUGCACAACAAUAGUGUACUAAAAAUUCCAUUUUACCCUUUAUCUAGUGGAAUAUACGAAAUGCAGAUUUUCUGGAGUUUACUUGCAAUUAGUUGCAGUAUUUCCAUUUAUCGUUCAGUAUUAACAGUUAAAUAUGAAAAGACUAUGUUUCUCAGGAUCACAUUGUUUUCUAUUCUGCGAAUUUGGGUUAUGAUUUCAGCAAUGAUACAUCAACCACACAAUGUCAUACUUUUGCCGCUUCAAAUUAUUUUUAGCAGCAUAAUUCACAAUAUAAUUAAAGACAAUUCAAUGCGGGAAAUUAGUGUAUUUUUAUAUGCCUGGAUUGGCAAUGUGUUUUACUUUUAUCAGGGAAAUUCUAACAGUUUGGCAACUAUCGAUGUAGCAGCUGGUUAUGUUGGUGUGCAAUCUUACAUGCCACUAAUUAAUGGGUCAUUGAUGUUAAUUAACAUUUACUCUGCAUCUGUUUUGGCCUAUCUUUUGCUCGUUUAUAAUUCUGUGUCACAGUAUUUACACAAUACACCUGAGAUUAUUACAUGGAUCAGUAAAAUGUAUCUUGCGUGGAAAUAUUUACCACUGACUAUUUAUACAGUUAUAAUCAGUAUUCAGCGUCAUCACUUAUUUGUAUGGUCAGUAUUCUCACCAAAACUGUUGUAUGAAGCUGUACAUUCCACUGUGAUUUGUUUUAUAGUGUUCAUUAUACUAAUUCUAAUUAUAAUACAAAAGGCAAUAAAUUGUGAUAGAUGAUAUCUUA